AUGAGUGAAGUCAAAAAGAGGAAGAUUUAUUCUUCAUCAUCAGUCAAUGUUGAUUAUGGAUUAAUUGAACAAUUAAAUCAGAUAAUAUCAAUUAUUCCAACCCCAAUUGGCGGUAAAAUAACCAUACCCGCCAAUGAAAAUGACAAGAUCAAUAUUAUCCCAUUAUUAAUAUCAUUUAUUGAAUCAAAGAAUUUACCCAAAAUCUUAUCUAUAUGGUCAUAUUAUUCAUCAACUAAUGAUUUAAACAAUUUAAUUGAUAUAUCUAUUAAAUUAUCAAAAAUUACUUUCCAAAUUGAUCAAAUUAAAUUUGAUUUAUCAAUUUUAUCAAAACAAUUAAUUCUUGAAUUUUAUAAACAAAUUUUAAAUAAUUCUCAAUAUAUGAAAAUCAUAUAUCGAGCUUUAAAUAAUAUGAAACCAAAUUUAACUAUUGCUAAUAUUCAAAUCUUGAUAAAUAUGAUUAAAUUUGAUCCUAUGAUUAUUGGACAAGAAUUUUUAAAUGGAUUUGAUUUAACAUUAAAUGUAUUACCAAAAUUACUAAUACCUAAAAAAUAUGAAUUAGAAUCUGCUGGUGGUGCUGGUGGUGGUGGCGCUGCUGCUGCUGGUGCAGCUGCUGCCGCUGGUGAGAAUUUCAAAUCUACUAUUCGAUCUAAUUUUAUUAGAUUUUGGUUUGAAUUAUGUUCUAAUGUAUCAUUCAUUCAUCGACAAGAUUUAUUACUUAAUCAUCGGAAAAUUCUUAAUAAUAUAUGGAAAUAUUUAUCUAUUGAUUCAAUUGAAUUAAUUGAAUUUAUUAUUGAAUUUAUUGAUUUGAAAAUAUUUCAAGAAUCAAAUUUCCAAAGAUCAAUUAAAUGUAAAAUAUUAAAUGAAAAUUUCAUUUAUAAAAUAUCAACUUUGUUUACUAAAUUAAAUGGUACCACCACCACCACCACCAUCAAAAACAAAUUUAUUACAUUUAUUGAUAAAUUAGCUAUUGAUUCUAAAUAUGGUUUAAGUUUCCCUAAUGAUAAAUUAUGGGAAAAAAAUUCUCCUAUUGGAGUUAUAAUUGAAAUUAAUAAUAAACAAUUUAAAAUUGCCAAUAAAUUAUUAUAUACUUUAGUUACAAGUCUUAAACCCAAUGAAUCAAAUGAUCAAUUACAAUAUAUUAUAAGAAUCCUUAAUUAUAAUCAAGAAUUGAUCCCUCCUUAUAUGAAUUGGAUAGUACAACAUGGUGGUGGUUAUCAUGAUCCUUCUUUAACUUCAUGGUGGAUUACUUAUACUUUAUUAUAUUCACAAAUUUUACAAAUCCCAUUACCACCAUUACCACCAUUAUCUAAUAUCAAUAAUGGUAAUAAUUUUAUUAAAUUUGAUAGUAAAUUAAUUAGUGAAAAUAUUAUUUUGGCACCAUUAGGGAAAAAUGUUUUAAUUAAUGGAUUAACUACUAAUAAACCUUUAAUUAUUCAAUUAACAUUACAAUUGAUUUUAUAUAUUUUGAAAAAAUUAGAAAAUUUUUUAAAUAUUGUUAAUGUUAAACAAGAUUUAAUUGAUUUGGUUUUCACUCAAUUACCUGAUUUAAAUUCAAUAAUUCAAGUAAUAAAUUCAAAUUCAAAUUCAUCUUCAUCUUCAUCUUCAAUAUCACAACUGCAUAAAAUCAUUAAAUUAACGGCAUUAACUAUUAUUGAAAAAUAUGAAUCAUUAUUACCAUCAACCACUAGUACUGCUACUACUACUACUGCUACCACUAGCACCACUACUAAUAAUAAUUUGGUUCAAAAAUUAGUAUCUAUGGGUAUAUCUACAUUCACAGAAAAUGUUGAUAAUAAUUUAACCAAUUAUGAUUUAAUUUUAUUUGAUUUAUAUAUGAAAAUCAAUAAUCAUAUUGAUAAUGGUCAAGAUUUUAAAUGGUGGAAUAAAUUAACUAAUAAUUCUAAUUCAUUUUUCACAAUUUUAAUUAAAUUUAUAAUUACAACUCAAAAUAUUAAUAGUAAUAAUUCUCAUAUUAUAAUUAUGAAAAUUUAUCAAUUAUUGAAUAAAUUAUGUAAUGAUAAAAUGUUAUUUAAUAAUCAAUUAUUAGUAUCACCAAUUAUGGCAUUAAUUUAUUCAUUAGAUGAUAAUGAUAAUCAAUUGGAAAAAAUUUGGAAUAUGUUGGAUGAAACAAUAUCACGAGUAAUUAGAACUCCUUAUAAAUAUCUUGAUUUAAGUCAUUCACAAUAUCAAGAUACUAGUAUAUUUAUUGUUGCCUUGGUUGAACAAUUUAAAUUUGUCCUCAACAAUAAAGAAACCACAUUUGAUAAUGAUGAUGAUGAUGAUGAUAAUAAUGAUGAUAUUAGAUAUAUUAAAUGGUUAUUUAAAUUUUUCAAAUAUUUGAUUCUUAUUGGUGAAUCAAAAGAUUCAUUAUUAUUAUUAUUAGUUAAUAAUCAAUUGAAUAUUGAAAAGUUAAAUUUGAUUGAUAAUUUGAAUUUUUCGUCCUCCACUUCCACCUCCACUACAACUAAAAACAAAUUCAAUUUGAAAGAUUCACUGAUUAUGGAAAUUAUUAUGAAUUAUUCAAUUGAUGAAUUGAUUAAUAAAAUGGCAUUAUUUGAAAAAAAAAUAAUUUCAUCAAAUUUGGAUUUUUUAGCAUGUUUAUUAUUAGUUGAUUUAUUGAUUCAAAAACCAAAACCAAAACCAACAACCCAAGUGAAGCAAUUUAUUGAAUUAAUUUUCUCAAAAAUUUGGACAUUUUUAAUGAAUUCUACUUUUAAUGAACAAGAAGGGGACAAUGAUGAUAAUGAUGGAGCCAUUAAAUAUUUUAUAUCAAUGAAAACUUGGGGACCAUUUUUCAAAUCUAACCAAUUAAUCAAUAAUGAAAUCAUAACCAUAGUUUUACAAUUAUAUAAUGAGAUUUUAAUUAAUUUACCAAAUGUUAUCAUUGAUCAACAAUUGGCUAAUUAUUUAUUUGAACAAUUAUCCCAAAAAAAAGAAGAAAGCGAAGAAGACGAAAAAUUAUUAUAUCAAUUUAUAUGGAUUAUGAAUAAAGAUCAAUUACAAAAAUUAUUAACAAUUUGUCAAUACAAUAAUUACAAUAAUGAGAAAUUAUUUAUUAAUAUUAUUAAAACAUGUAUUGAUAAAAAAUUAUCAAUUAAUUUUUUUGAUUUCCAAAAAAUUUAUAAAUUGAAUAACAAAAAUGAAGAAUAUAGUUUAAUUCAAGGAAGAAAAGAAUUAUUAACAAAAUUGAUUGAAUUUGAUUUAAUUCAAUUUGACAUAAAUAAUGAGGAUGAUACUCAAUUGAAUUCAAUUAUUGAUGAAAUUUUAUCUAAUAAUGAAGAUUAUUUCUUGAUUGAUAGUUUGGUUAAAAAAUCAUCGAAUUUGAUAGUAUCAAAAUUAAUGAAAAUUGAUUCAUCAACAAACAAUGUUCAAAAUAUCAAUUAUUUAAAAUGUUUAGUGGUUUAUUCUAUGACAAAACAAACAAAUUUGAAUAUUCCCCAAAAAUUAUUAACUCAAGUAUUAACAAUUAUCAUUGAUAAAUUACAACACAAUAAAAUUUUAGAUGAUGAAUUGAAUUGGAAUCAAAUAUUGACAAUAUUAAAUUUACAAGAUCAUAUUUCAUUAUCAUUAUUUCAAUCAAUUUUCCAAUCAAUUGAAUUAAAACAAACAUUUAUUCCUCAAUUUCUUGAAUUUAUUAUUAAAUUUUAUCAAUCAGAACUGACUAUCAACAUAAUUGAUGAUGUGAAAAUUUGGUUACAUAAGGCAAUGCUUUAUAUUACUAAAAAAUUUGCUGAAUGUAAUAAUCAAUUUGAAGAUUUAAUGAAAAAUCAAUUUAAUCAAUUUCUUUAUCAAAUGAGUCGAAUUUUCCAUAUUAUUAAUAUAUGGAAUUUAAUUCCUAACACAAUUAUAAAUACUCAAAUUGAUGUUAUAUUACAAUCAAAUGAAAAUUGGAUAAAUCAUAAUGAUAGUAAUGGGGUGGGAGUUGGAAUAUUAAAAUAUUUAAUUCAAUUAAUAGUUAAUUGUGAAAAUUGGAAACAAAUUGAUUAUAUUAAAUUAUUUCAAAUUAGUUUAAAUCAAUUAAAUUGUUUAAAUGAAUUACCUAAUAAUCAAAAUAAUGAAUUGAAAUAUUAUUCAUCAAUGAUUUUAUAUUUAUUAUUUAAUUUUGAUAAUCAUCAUAAUCAAUCUACAAAUAACAAUAACAAUAACAAUAACAAUAACAAUAAUAAUAAUAAUAAAUUAUCAACGUUUAUGAAUUUACAAUUAUUAUUAUCAAAAUAUUUAGGUAGUAAUCGACCAGAAGAUUUAUUAAUUAAAUCAAUUUUAAUUAAAAUUGAAUCCAAAAUUUCAAUUAGUUGGAUGAUUAAAGUGAAUAAUUGGGAAUUCCAAGAAGAAGAAGAUGAUGAUAAUGAUGACGUGACAAUGUUUGAUUUAUCUUUGAAUAAACGACUUAUUAAAAAUGAUAAUGGAAAUUUAACAAUUUGUUUAAAUAAACAAAUGAUUAAAAAUUCAUUAAAUUCAAUUCAAUUGACAUUACCUAAUUUUGGUAAUAUCAUUAAAAAUGAAAAUAAAAAUAAAAAUAAAAAUAAAAAUAAAAACAGGUCCAAUAAUAAUGAUAAUAAUUUAUCAUUUGAUGAAAAAUGGAAUCAAAUAGAAAAUUUUUAUCAAUUUAGUAAUAGUAUUCUUCAGGUAGAUAAAUUAGCUUAUGAUCAUGAAUUUUUAUUGAUGGUUAUUUUAAAUAAUGAUGAAUUAUUGAAAUAUAAUGGGAAUAAGAAUAGAGAAAAACCUAAGACAAUAAAAUCAUCAUCAUCAUCAUCAUCAAUUAGUUAUUCAUUUAAUAUUAAAAAUUUGAUUGAUACUGGGAUUUUACAAGUAAUUGUAAUUAGUCUUGGUGAUAAUAAUGAAUCAAUUUCAAAAAUUGCUCAAAUCAUCCUUGGUAAAGUUUUACAAUCAAUCAAUAAUCCCAACCCUAACCCCAAUAUUGAAAAUAAUAAUGAUACCGACAAUGAUAUUAAUAAAUCAUUUAAAGAUAAAAAUAUUUAUCGAAUUUAUUUAUCAACAAUAUUAUUUACUUUAAGAACCAAUCAAUCAAUCAUUAUUCCUCAUUUGAUUUGGUUUAUAUGGAGUCAAUUUAUUCCAAUAUUAUCUAAUCCUGGUCAUUUUCUUUAUGAUAAAGUCACUCGAUUUGUAUUAUCACAUCCCAUAAUUAAACCAAAUCAAAUCCCAUUAUUUAAUUCAAUUAUUAAUCAUUCUGAUAAAUACAACAACAAUGAUUUAAUAAAUUCUCAUUCCAAUGAUACCAAUAAUUAUUCUUAUUAUCGAGAAUUAAAUUGGUUAAUUGAUAUUAUUAAUCAAGGUAUUAUAUCUAAAUUGGAUUUAUCAUUAAUUUGUAAUUAUGAUAAUGGAAUAUUUAUUGAAUUUUUCAUUAAUUUAAUUAAUUUAAAAUAUUUGAAUUUUAAAUUAAAAUCUUCAAUUUUGAAAUUUAUUUAUAAAUUACAAUCAAUUGAUCAAGGUUCAGAUUCAUUAAUUACAAGAUUUGGAAUAUUAAAUGAUUUACAAUUAAUUAUGCCCCUGUCAAAAAUAAAUGAAACUAGUAUUAUUGAUAAACAAUUGAAAAUUAAUAUUGAUGAAUUGAUAUUACGAUUUGGUAUUAGUGUUGGAUCAAGUAAACGAGUUAGACAAUGGAUUGGUGAUGAUAAUGAAUUAGAAAAUACUUUGAAACGAAUUCAUCAACAAUCACAAUUAUGA